AUGAAAAAGGAAAACGAUGCACUGAACAAAGCAACAUGUAUUGAAUCCAGACUACGAAAUAUUACCAGUACAAAUUGGCUUACACUGAACACUCCAAAAAAGAUGGCGUCUGACACAUCCUUUUGGAUAAAGUUUUUCACAGAAUGUGGGAUACCAGCAGGGGAGGCAACAAACUAUGCCAUCAUUUUCACAGAUAAUCGCAUUCAGAAGGACAUGUUGAUAGAUCUGACCAAAGAAUACCUCAAAGACAUGGGGAUAACAGUGCUGGGUGAUGUUAUUGGGAUUCUUAAGCAUGCAAAAGAAGUCCAUUCUCAGAAUGCCCGUGACAAGGUUCUGAAAGGUUCUGUGGCAGACAGGCCAGUCCCACUGGUUCCUAAAAGGUCAACAGCUGCGAGCCGGACAGUUAAUCACUACAUUGGUAAAGACCCGGAUGCUGCCCCCAUGAACCUGCCCAUUGUUCCAAAGCUGUCCAGGGAGCUGUCCGCCAGACUAGGUGAAUCCCCUCGAUCAGAAUCUCCUAAAGAUAUGAGUAAUGUUGUUAAAAUACCUGUUAGUACACGGUUACAAGAAGAGGUUCCAGUCCCCAAAUCUCGAAGGGUUUUACCUGAGCAUGAGGGCAGGUACAAAAUAAAAAUGCCCUCGGGUACUACCGCCAAAACUCAGAAAAUAUUAGAACAGGGUCUGCCAGCAGGAAGGAGAAAAUCUAAUGUGUUUGAGAGACUGGGUGAAGAAUCUCCCAAUCCAACUAGUGCUAAAACUUCGCCUAUCUCACCCUCUGUUUUCAACCGCCUUGGAGGUAAAUCAGCAGUCAAACGUCCAGCCACGUCAACAUCAGUCGAGACAGACCCAGAUCCUGGUGAGCCUCCGCUCGAGUAUGCUGGUGUCCUCAAAUCCUCUCCAACACCAGUCAAAAAGACUAAAGUCACCAUCACCAAUAACAAAAAGUACGCCUCUCUAGGAAAGAUCACCAUAUCCAACAAAACUGUGACAAGUGCCACUGGCAAGAUCAUGGAGAAGACAGUCACAACCAAAAAACUACUGGUGGCCAAAAAGCCAGUUGUGGUCAAACCAAGUCCAAUGUCAUCGUCAGCGGCAAUGGAUAUGGCAAGUAGUGGUACCAGCAUCAGACAGAGGCUGGGAAAGAAGGUCAGCCUUCCAGUGGUGUCCAGCACCACCGAUGACGGGGAAAGCCCCGCAGUCAGGACAGGCAUUGCAAAGAAAGGCAAAGGGCAGAAAUCAGAGGUCAGCUCUAGCAAUGGUGUCUUCAGCAGGCUGGGGAAAGCUGUGUAACUCAGUGGCUCCAAGGAGAUGACGCAAGGUUAAACAGAGUGACUCUGUAAUGUGAUGUAUGAGAGAGUGCAGGCUGUCGCUAAAGUUCAACAGUAUCAUGAAUGCUUCCAAAUGGACAAACUGUCAGUGCUACAUGUAGAUUUGGGCAUUAAUAGUUUAGAGGGAAUAGCACAAUGUACUUGUUAUGAAAUCUAUUGCUUUCACAAGCAGAGAGGAGACAAUCUUUACUAGAUGAAGGUAACCUCUACUAGUUAAAUGACAUACAGGUGUGUACAGUUCUGACAAACUGUGUACAAAGCUCUGCAGGUUUUCUUGUUAUAGAUAUUUUUUUGUAACAAUUUGAUUUCAUAGCUGUGAUCUGACAAUCUUGAUAAACUGAAAUUUUAUUUAAAAUUUUCUUUUUCCCAGAUACAUGUUUGUAUAAUGUUACAGGUGUUGUUUUAACUGUACAUUGUUGGUUAAAAUUCGUGACUGGAUGAUAAACUCUUAGUGCAAUAUGAUGGAAAUAUGUUUGAAAACAAUAUUGAAGACAACACUGUUUGGCUGACAUUGAAUUUUUAGCCUAUAAAGUUCAGUUUUCAACAUGGCAGACUAGCAUUCAUCUAAACUACCGGUAUAUAUUUAAACUAUGUGUUAAUUUAGUCUGUAAAAAAUCAAUCACUCACAAGACUGAGUGAUACAUUUUACAACAUUGCUCCCUUUUGAAUUAAUUACACCCUGGUAUAAUCUUCAUUAAAAAUUGCAACAGUAAAAUUGAAUGACACAUGUUCAAAAAGGUAAGGGGAAAUACAAUAACUCUGACGAUUUAUAUUUCAUUUUUUUGUCCUGUUGCAAUUCAAUGAUACAAAAAAAUUGUAUACAUCAAAUUUUUUCAAUCAAAUUGGUUUCUACUGAUGAAUUACCACUGCAUAUGGAAAACCUAUACAGUACUAGGUAGUAUACAUGUAUGUGCAUAUUUGUCUAAUUUUUAUUUAUUUAUUUUUUUACAUUUUUUUGGGUCUUUAAAGACAGUAUUUUUAAAUACUAGGGUAAAUUGAUUUGUCAUUAAAAAAAAAUCAAUUCUUGUAUGAGUAGUUUAAUUUGGAUGUAGUGAUUUUUUUGAAGAGGAGAAGGAAUGAAUUUCUUGUAGGUUAUAUGAAUUCUAGGGGUUUAUUUGAGAGGGUUUGGAGUGUACAAAUUUUGGUUGGUAUAUAAAUAGCAAGAUAUGCUCCAUUUCAUUUGGAAUCAAUAUUUGUUUCAAUGUAGUCAUAAUUGUUUUAAUACAUGUAUACUCAGUAGGAUGAUAAUAAAUACCAGUUUACAAAGAGUU